CGGAUAUCCGGUUCCGCCGGAAGCCCGGCUCCUCUCCGUCCUGCAGAAAUGGCUGCUCUGUCUCUCACAAUGCAUUAGCACCAAACCCUGACGGACAGCGAGCGGGAUGUCACAGGGGCGGAAGUGCUGACCCGAGACCAGCCGCCGCACGGGGUUGUGGUGCUGAUCGACGUGUCCUCCAUUGUAACGCUGUAGUGAGUCUGUGAUCUCCAUCAGCUCUGAGUUGUGUUGUUAGCUAGCUUCCAGCCAGCUAGCGCGUUAGCUGCGCAGCCACCUGUCAUUGAGCGCCGCUCGGUGAAGUGUGUGGAUGGGACAUCAGUAGCAGCUCUGCCUUUGUUUUCAACAGCGGCUGAUUUACUGCUGAGCCCGAGCCUAAAUGCCCGAGCAAGGUCCCAGGAUGAAUGGGUUUUCUCUUGGUGAACUGUGCUGGCUGUUCUGCUGUCCGCCCUGUCCGAGUCGCAUCGCGGCCAAGCUAGCUUUCCUCCCGCCGGAGCCCACCUACUCGGUGCACGCUGAUGCUAACGGGGCGACGAGCCUCCACCUGACGGAGCGGGCAGACUGGCAGUACUCCCAGCGGGAGCUCGAUGCAGUGGAGGUCUUCAGCACCAGGAGCAGCCGGGGUAACCGGGUGGGGUGCAUGUUCGUGCGUUGCGCCCCAAACAGCCGGUACACGCUGCUGUUUUCCCACGGAAACGCCGUGGACCUGGGGCAGAUGUGCAGCUUUUACAUCGGCCUCGGCUCCAGGAUCAACUGCAACGUGUUUUCCUACGACUACUCGGGCUACGGGGUCAGUACUGGCAAGCCCUCCGAGAAGAACCUGUAUGCGGACAUCGAGGCGGCCUGGCAGGUCCUGAGGAACAAGUAUGGUGUAACACCUGAGAACAUCAUCCUGUAUGGUCAGAGCAUCGGCACUGUGCCCACCAUCGACUUGGCUGCUCGCUAUGAAUGUGCUGCUGUCAUCCUGCACUCACCGCUCAUGUCAGGGCUGAGGGUGGCCUUCCCCGAUACACGGAAGACCUACUGCUUUGAUGCCUUCCCCAGUAUUGACAAGGUGUCCAAGGUGGCAUCCCCAGUGCUGGUGAUCCACGGCACGGAGGACGAGGUGAUCGACUUUUCCCACGGUCUGGCAAUGUACGAGCGCUGCCCCCGUGCUGUCGAGCCCCUGUGGGUGGAAGGAGCCGGCCACAACGACAUUGAACUGUACGCUCAGUACCUGGAUAGACUCAAGCAGUUCAUCUCCUUCGAGCUUCCCACUUCCUGAAGGGAGCUCAGCACUCAGGCCAGGGUUCAUCUCAACACACUCAAGAAGCCUCCUCCUUAUCAUGUCCCAGCUUCCUCUCUUAGCAAAUGGACGGGGCUGGACUGGACUCCUCUCCUCCCCUCCAUGGAACCAUUUCAGGGCUGGAAUAUGUGGUGGACUGGAAGAGGAGGUGGUUUUAGACUGUUGAGGUGCGGCCGAGGAUAAGACCAGUACCAGUCAGGCGUUAAGCUGAGGCUUAACAUGUAGUGUCCUCAGAACCUGGCUGGUGCUCGUACAUGUGGACACAGUUUCCCAGUGAACCUGGGCCUAGACGGUGUUUGCACUUCAUGCUCAAUUGGAUUCAUUUCCCACUCCAGCUGUCAGCUUCCUUCCCUUUGGACUCAUUCUGUCUGCCACACCUCUCACUCUGAGCUUCAGUCCGUCACAUUUCCCUCUUUUUCCCUGUUUCUCCCACAAUCCCUUGUUUUUCUUUUGACUGACAGUCUUUCAAUGUUCAAGCUUGAUUUUUGUAUUCUUUUAUACCAGGUGAAGAAGAAUCAAUUUUGCGCCUCAGGAUGCAAAUGAAGUUUUUUACUUUUUCUGUAUUUUUAAGUUACCAUUCAGGGUUGAUUAAACAAUUGCACUUUUAAUGUGCAGAUAUUUUCAGGUAAUGAUUUGUUCUGUUUAGAUAUGUAAAUGUUGUUUUCUUUGUUUUCUUUUCUUCAAUCUGCAUUCCAUGUUUUUCUUAAUUGCAGGUAGAAGUUUCUGUUCAAUGGAUGUAUGUGCUCAGAAGCUGUUAACCAGAGUGCCCCCCUGCACAUCUGGCCUUUGUAGUCCUGAUGCAUGCUACUCUCUCAUGCAGGGAGCCGUUUACACCAAACUUUAUGAAGAAGCUUGCUUUGGCAAACACAGAGGAAAUACUGAAGUUACUUUAUGUUGGAGCCAUUGGUAAAUUCAGCACACAAACAGCAGAACUUGUCUCAGUAAAAUUCCAACAUUUGAAAUUAGUUUGCCUGUUCAUAAAUGUUAAAAUGAUGCACAGUGAAAAACAGGUGGAUCUUAUGGAUGAAUCUAAUGCUGAAUUUACCACACGCCUAAAUGAUUUCUAAAAUGGCUCUACAGAUGGUUAAGUACACUGAUUUAAAUCAACCUGUGUUAGAGGAAUACAGAUACUGUAGAUAUCCCAGGACCUGGUGUGAAGCCGUUGUUAGAGAAAUGAUCUCUCUCUGUAAUCCAUGGUCCACUGUAGUCCAUAUUCUCACAAAACUCUCACUUACCGUAUCUGAGUUGUCAAAACAGUUGUGUGACUUUGUCAGUAAGCAGUGCAGCAAUGGGUAUCCCACAGUGUGUUUAAUACAGAAGCUUACCUCAGUAGCAGAGAGCAGCAUGUAUCCUGGCUAAGUGUUUGUUAACUGAAGAUCAUGUGUUAAUAAGACUUGACAGCUGGUUGAGACGCACACUUGACUCAGUGCUGUAAACUGAGGCCAGGGAGCAUGGUGCUGCGUCUACCUGCAGACAGAACACAAACUGUGAACUCUGCACCACUUGAAGGUAUUCAAGGUGAACAUGCUGGCCAUUGGUUUGUGUGUGUGUGCGCGCUUUUAUCAUCUCACACGACAGAUGAAGCCUUAUGUUUGUGGACAUUUCACUCGGUCCUGUCGACUACAGCAAGGCACUCGUGGUCUUCAGGGGGACUGAUAACUGCUGCUAUUCAUCAGAGGAAUCAAUCAGUCAAUCACUGUGAAAGUCAGACAGUUUGGGGAAGACAGAAAUGACAACGAAGGUACUAAAACCAAAUUCAGCCCAACCACUGUCCUCCUCCUGUGUCAGCCAUGUGUUCCUGCCUGCAGUAGGAGAGCAAGCAGCCAGGGUUGCUGUCUUUUUCCAACACUUGUCUGUUGAAGCCUGUGAUACUUUGCUCUCAUCCCAGCUUGAACUCCAAAGACAUCUGAAAGAACCACGGCGGGGAAAUGGAAUGUGGAAGUAAAGAGCGCAUGCAGAUCACCUCUCGUAGUUGUGGAUAUUUCAACUUGUAUCGACUGUACUUGAAUCAUUUGUUCUUUUACCCUGCAAAUGAAAACGUGAACUAAGUGAAACACUAAGUAAGAAAACCUGAGGAUGAAGUUAAACAGUCACAUGAAGUUAAAGGUCGUAUGACACUAUUACAUUGAAGUAAGUGCUGAAACUAUUUUCAGAGCAGAAUUGUAUUUGAGGGAUAUUUGCAUAGCAACUUGUGCUGAUCGUUUGAUUGAUCUGUGUAUUGCUGUGAAGUGGUUUGUCAGUUGGGUGUUUUCUCAUUAUAGCUAAUGUCGGCUGAUGUUUUUUGGAUAAGGAGCCCUCGAUCAUCUCUAGCGUAUUUCCUCUAGCUCCUCUUUUUAAAGGAAAUGAAGACCCUGCUUUAGUCCUGAUUAUUGUUUUGAUACUGACAUUUUUAUGAGGUUUUCCAGUCUAAAUGUUGAUAGAUUUACACUGUCUCUGAAGCUGGUUUGUACGAUAAUCCUCUGUAAUAAUAUUCUUCAAUAUCUUCUCUAUACAUAUUAGCCCUUACACAGGGCACUCUAGUCUCAUUGAUUUAACACUGGAAUCACAAUAUGCAAAUGAAAGGCAAAUGAAGCUUGUAGAACCAGAUUUUGGUAAUAGUGUGUAAAACAUAAAAAAAAGCCUUAAACACGCCGUGAAACAGAUUGUCAUACAUGUGGUUGUUGUUGCAAGAACGCAGCACAGUGGAUGUUUUAAUGCUUAUAAUGGAAUAAAGGAUGCAUGGAAGUGUUUGUCUGA